AAGAAGACAAUAGAUAGAGACGUUAGAAACAUACGAUGUAAAUAAAUAUAGGACAAUGCAGAAAAUACUGCCUGGUGAACGAACUUCUUCAUUAAAGGAACGAAAACAAGGGAUACUAGAAGAAACUUGGACAAAAUACAACAUGGAAACAGAAUAUACACAUAACAAACAGGUUAGUCAAAUUGUACCUUAUUCACAGAAAGCCAAGGUAUCAGACCAGCGCUGUAAUGAAAAACGCAAAGUUUCGCAAGAAACAAAGCAAUGUGGGGAAGCCAAAGACACUGCUGUGCGUGAAAAAUCAUGUAAGCUCACGAAACUUUUAGGAACUACAGUUUCCAGUGACGAGCAGAUUCAUUCGGAAAACGGCCAGAAUAAAUCCGAACUGCAGGAAGCAGUCGUGGCGAAGUCUAAAAUGCUUCUGCAAAGACAGAUUGACAUUCGUAAACUGAGAAUGACCCAGAAAGUAUUGCCUUUCACCCAUUUCGCAAAAAAGAACACGGAAAUACCAUUACCGGAAAAAGUAGUUGUAAUUGAAUUAGAGGCAGGUAGCUUAGCAAAUGCUCUUACAGAGGCCGAACUACAAGCAUUAAAGAAGUUUGUCAGCGCACUAAAAGUAAAAAUUAUGGGAGCAUGGGUGAAAAAGGCAAAAACUGUAUAGGUUCACAAUAUAACACAAAUACAAAUUCCAGUCAAUAACAGAAAAUAGUUUUGCAAAUAAACUAACAACAUUUCACUAGAAAUAGAUGCGGAUGGGAGUGAUCUCACAGUUAUUAUACGUCAAAAUGUUGAGACACAUUACAUGUGAUGACUGCAAAAACAAGAGAAAUGCAGAAUAAAUAUGCAAACUUGAAUUCAAAAUCUACUGUACUUAAGAUAAAUGAGUCACUACACAUAAAUAAAUAAAACUCCAAAAACUUGCAGAGGACACAUGUGAAAGGUCUUGUGGAAGCAAACAUGCAAGAGGGUAAUCGACAAACUGUUGCCCCAAAAAUGCUAUACUCCCAUCUACUUCUGUUUCAAUGACAACAUGUAAUGAGAGAGUUCCUCUCUCAGUUAAUUGCAAUACCUUUUACCAAAGGACAUAUACCACAACAACAGAAUGUGGUAAUGUACACUGAACUAUAAGCUUCGAAACCAAAACCGUCAGCAUCAUCUAUAUUGAGUAGCAAAAGGGAAACCACUCCAGACAUGUUUUCUCAAGACAAUGUUUUAAUAUAGUGGUCUGUUGCAAACAAGUCCUCCAAUUCCAUUUGCUUUAAAACUAAGGUCAUUAAUAAUAUGCCUACCAUGAACUCUUCCUCAAAACUUCA